GGAGUACCAGCAGGCAUGGCUACAGAGACACCUGUCUGUCGUCAACCCGGAUCACAUUCCCGUCUCUCUCCACGGAGCAAAAGCGGCUACAAAGAUCCACACCGCACUCGCAUCUCAUUCCGUUCGGUUGCGGAGCGUUUGCUGUGCACGGACAUACUACACAGUAACAACGUAUACGUGUACACACUAGUACAGCGCCCAACCACCCCCGCCUCCCCCGAACCCCUCAUCCCAUCAUCACUCGCUCCCUCGCCCGCCCCCACCCUCCCUCCCGCCUCCGCCCGCCCGCCCGUCAUGGUCUCGCUCGCCGGCUCCCAGAUGCCCUCGCCCUCGCCCGGGCAGAGCCCCUGCUCGUCGGCGCGGCCGCAGCGCCGUCCGGGCCAUUCCAUGCGCACCAUCCGCUCAGCGCUGCUGCUGCCGGAUUCCUCCCCGGGGUCCCCGGGUGGCGCCGGCGACGCGGGGGGUGCCGACUCGGACAUUGAGAACCUCACCGACUCCGUCAUCGACUUCCACCUCAGCGAGCUGGCGGCCACCGCGGGGCCCGCGCACCCGGCUGCCGUCGCCAAGUCGUCCUCUGCCAUCAACGCGGCGGCCACGGAGCUGCUCGAGCUGUCGCGGGACUUCUCCGACUACUCGAGCUUCAACUCGGACAUAUCAGGGGAGCUCGAGCGGCUCGCGGCGGCGGCGGUGGCGACGCCGGCCAGAUCCGACGCCGCGCCGGAUACGGGCGCCGCCGUGGAUCUGAACGACCCGGAGCCGAUGGAUCUGUCGGUGGACGCGGCGCCGCUCGAGCGCGUGGAGCCGUUCGUGCUGGCGUGCGUGCAGGCGCUGGGCCCGGACGCCGCGCCGGACGCGCGGCGCACGGCGGCGGCGAGGAUACGGCUUCUGGCGAAGCACCGGUCGGACAUCCGCGAGCUGAUCGGCGUGUCGGGCGCCAUCCCGGCCCUGGUGCCGCUGCUGCGGAGCACUGACCCCGUGGCGCAGGAGAGCGCGGUCACGGCGCUGCUCAACCUCUCGCUGGAGGAGCGGAACCGGUCAGCCAUCACGGUGGCGGGGGCCAUCAAGCCGCUCGUGUACGCGCUGCGGACGGGCACCGCGGCGGCCAAGCAGAACGCCGCGUGCGCGUUGCUCAGCCUCUCGGGCAUCGAGGAGAACCGCGCCACCAUCGGGGCCUCCGGCGCCAUCCCGCCGCUCGUCGCGCUGCUCUCCGCGGGCUCCACCCGGGGCAAGAAGGACGCGCUCACCACGCUCUACCGGCUCUGCUCCGCGCGCCGUAACAAGGAGCGCGCGGUGAGCGCCGGUGCCGUCGUGCCGCUCGUGCACCUCAUCGGCGAGCGCGGCAGUGGGACGUCGGAGAAGGCAAUGGUGGUCCUCGGGAGCCUUGCCGGCAUCGCUGAGGGCCGUGACGCUGUGGUGGAGGCUGGCGGGAUCCCUGCGUUGGUUGAGGCAAUCGAGGACGGCCCUGCCAAGGAGAAGGAGUUCGCCGUGGUGGCGCUGCUGCAGCUGUGCUCCGACUGCCCCCAUAACCGUGCGCUUCUUGUACGAGAGGGCGCCAUCCCGCCGCUUGUCGCACUAUCACAGUCCGGCUCUGCCCGUGCUAAGCACAAGGCUGAGACUUUGCUUGGUUACCUGCGCGAGCAGCGGCAAGGGGGUGGCUCUGGAGCUGGUCCAUUGGCAGCUACUAGCUUGGCUAGGUAACGCAGGAGUUAUGUGGUUGAAGCAUGCUUCGCGUGUCUUGGACCUCGUUUGCUCCAUUCUCUGGUUGAGUCUUGAGAAUGGAGCAGCUCUGUAAGGAGGAGACGUGACGCGAUGAUCAUCUGUAAAUAACAGCUGGUUUUGGUUUGAUGAUGUGAAUACAAAUGUGGUUUGCGAGUGAUGGAUGGUUGGUAAGUUUGCUACUAACAUCAGCUGAGAGGAUGAUUCAGGAUUUCAAGGGAUGUUAGCAGAGGAUUAGGGUGGUAAGGUCGGUGAUGUUGAAUUGUAGCUGUGUACAUGUUGUUAUGGUGAUAAUUGGUGGUAUGCUUGCUUGAUCUGGUCAGGUAUGAGGGGAAUGUUGGAACGUCAACCAUGUCUUUUUUGCUUGAGGUUUGGAGUCCGAAUUCCCCUGUUCCCCUUUAUCUAUUGUGACUUAUUUUUGCAAAUAUUUCGUGAUUCCUUUUUGCUC